AUGAAAAUCUUUGGAUGGUUAUGUUUAUUAAACAGUCUCUAUUUGUUCGGAACUUGCAAUGUCAUUCAUUCAUUAUUUUCAAGAAUUGUUAUAACCAAAUUCUUUUUUGACUAUCCUAUUGUUAUUUCAUUGUUUAAUAUGGCGUUAAUUCUCUCAUUAAUUGAAUUUGGAAGAAUGACAAAAUUAGUCAAAGUGCAGCCAUACACUGUAAAUCCUUUUAUAAAUAAAUAA